GCCAGAUAGUUGACCGGUCAAAGAGGUCAAACUUGAGAGAAAGAUCCAUAUCGGCGGCAAAGAGACAACGGGUCGACCGCAAAGUUGACCAGUAUACUUCGGAUAGUAUACCGGUCAAAUUACUCAAGUUUGUGGAACCAAUUUCCGAAGUCCAUUAAUCAACCCACGAUGACCAGCCGGGGUAGUGUUUUAAGGUCAACGAGUGUCGGCAGGAAGGAUCCAAAAUGACUUGGACUGUAGUGGUUGGCAUUGCUGAGAUGCUGGAGGAAUGUUUCCAAGCCAGAACGUGACAAGGAGGGUAAUCCCCCUCGCAAGAUGACAAGGUGGCUCAGGGACAGUCAUAGCACCACAUCAGCAGCAUGCCCCCACGUGGGUGCACGUGAUCCUGUUCCCCCCAGCUUAGUAUAUAUACCUCAUGUAACCCUCGAGGAAGGGGAUCUGAAUUCAUUCUCUCUAAACUCCCUUGUAAAAGCACCCGUGCAUUCUCCGUUAUAAUACAAACUGGGCUACAGGUGUUCCACCUAAAGUCCUACCGGUCAAUCUGCGAGUUUUUACCUCUCUUACUUUGCCAAAUCAAGCAAACUAUUCUAGACCCGGUCUAGUAUAGUUUGACCGGUCAAAUAAUUUACACCAUCAUUUUGGCGCCGACCGUGGGACUUGAGCAAAAGGCCGUGAUUUUUUAGUGCUUUCAUCUUGUUCGUUGAAAAAUAUUUGAGGAAAGUAGAUGGUGGCUAAAAAAAGAGGGAGGGAGAGAAAAGGAACAAAAAAAAGAAAAGAAAAGAGAGAGAUUGAAAGAGCCGGCUGGGAAGUAAGGACGGAGUGUUUCACUCCCAAUUGCCGCCGUUCCUCAAAUUGGUGGCCACAAGCUGGAAAUCCACCAUCUCUGCCGCUAAGAGCUACGCUUGUUGCAGCUGGUCUUGAGGUCUGUCACCACACUCAAGCCGUCUGCGAAGAAAGGAGUGGCCAGGCCGUCGUCCACAUCUAGCGCUAGGAGAUGAAAUCGUCAUCGACGUUGAUUGACUGUAGAUCUUCGCCGUCAAAGAAGUUAACCAUUGCCCCCUGGCAAAUGAAUUUGCCACCGGGAGUGGAUUUGAUGUCGCAGUCAUUAACGUUGCUGAUGCCGCCGCUGCUGCUCAAAACAGCCGCUGCCACCGCUCAGACCUGCGGCCGCCGAAUUCAAUUGACAGGAUUGCCGCCGCCGUCGAACUCAAUCAUCGUUGGUCGUUGGAGCCAUUCACCGCCGUCCAUGCCUAGCGUCGGAGGGCUGCAUGAUGCUGACUAGUUGUUGUAUCCGUAGCCGCUGGAGUCUAUUGAUAACAAUCUUUGGGUUCGCCAUUACUAACAACGGAGUUGGAUUCGUCAUCAGCUUUGGUUGAAGCUAAAGCCAGAGUUAACCGCCCAUCUAUUUUUUGCCGGAGGACUAUGCCCAAGUUCAUCACCACCACACCCUCUAAAGCCGGCAAUUACCUCUGUCCCAGUGGUCUUUUUCAUAAGCUCAUGCGGGUUCAUCUUCACCCCCCUUCGGGGUCUACGGGCGUCGUAACCCUGAAACGUGACUUCUGUCACUGACGCCACUAUUGAGAUCUAUCACCAUCCCUGCCACUGCCGAACUGCACCACCGUUACCUGGAGGCUCUAUUUUAGUUCCACCGUUGCCAUUCCAGGUGAAUUCUCUUGCGACCUAAGCUGAGUAUAAUUAUAUUUGCCGCGACAAACAAAGUAAGAGUGAUGGCCGAAAUGAUGAGUGUUGCCUCCGGUGGGCGUCGCCUCGCCAGCUCCUCCACGAGUGAGCUUCCUUAUUCGGCCAGGACGGAUCCAAACAAAUACAAAUAGUCCUUAUGAAAUAAUGGGAUGAUAUUCUG